GAAUAUGAAUACAUCAGCAGCAAAACCUAAAAAGUAGAAAUAAUAAGAGUUGCAUAAAGUGAUCUAAGACAAGCAGACAGUGGGGAGGGGCAGCCAGAAGUAGGGAAUUCAUAAUGCAGUUUGAGAGGAUGGGCCUAGUCUGACUCUGAGCUGAGGAACAACGCUGUUGUUAUAUCACUGAUGUGCCAGAGAAGCGGUUGGUGAGCUGAAUUAGUUGAAUGAGUCUUACCUUGCUCCUACUGACCUGUGAGUCAUACAUUAUAAAUGAGCAGUAGGGCUACAUCUCAGUGUCAUUAGUGUUUGACUUGGACUGAAAUAGGUGCCGGUACUCGUGUUGGGUGCCGGUACUGUUUAUCUUUAGGUGCAGGAACUCCACAAUAUUUUUGAGCUAAUUAUUCUAUGAAGAACAAGAGCUCAAGCAUUAGAACAUUUGAGGUGCCGGAGUACUGGUGAGCUCCUGUCUAAGUCAAGCACUGAGUGUCAGUAGUGUUUCACCUUUAUGUAAACUCAUAGGCUAUUUCCCAACAAAUAAUAGGUCAAUAUUACUGUUUGUGUUUGGGCCUAGGCCUAUAUCUAUUCAUUAUUCUUUGAAACCCUACAUUUUUUCAAGCUAAAUAGCUUCUCACAAGCGGGCAAGGCAUGAAAUAGAUAGCCUAGGGCUCGACUAUAGGCUAAAAUACCAUGCACAGCAGGUGGAUUACCUCAUUGCCGCGUGGGGUGAUGGUAAACGACAACUCCGCUCACUCAUAUCACCAUCAACACUCAGGGAGAAUGGCACGCUGGACGGCGGACAAAUUCAACCAUGGUUAGAUGGUUUGCGACCAUCAGAUCCGCAAUUUGUGCAUUCCGGUCGAUGAGUGCAGGCUACGAAGUAAGUUCUGUUAAUCUUGCACCUGAAUAUAGACAAUUACAGCCUAUUAUAAAUGACUUUCGUAUGACAAAAUCAGUUAGUCCUAGGCUAAAUAGUUAUUUUGUAAUUUCUAAAAUGAAUGUCCCUCUAUUCUAGACUCUAGUGGUAUAACCAAGGGAAAUACCUUCAUCAUCGUAUCAUCACCAUUAUCAUCAUCAUCAUCACCACUAUUCAUGCCAACACCUUGUUAUUUGAUAAAGGACUAUACACACUUCUCGUUUAGGGAUGGCCACAACAUGGCAGAAAAUCAAACUGUUCUACCAAGGGGUGCUAGAGGAUGGAGACAAAAGAACCGACAGCUGGUUGCUGGUGUACUCACCUGUGCCAAUCACCUGCAUCUUCCUGUGCUACCUGCUCCUCAUAUGGGUGGGCCCCAAGCUGAUGGCUCAUAGACAGCCAGUCAACCUCAAGCCUGUGCUCAUCAUUUACAACUUUGCUAUGGUCUGCCUGUCUGCCUACAUGUUCUAUGAGUUCACAGCGUCAUCCUGGUUGGCAAACUAUAGUUUAUUAUGUCAGCCUGUGGACUACAGCACCAGCCCACUGGCAAUGCGGAUGGCAAAGGUCUGUUGGUGGUUCUACUUCUCCAAAGUCAUCGAGCUCAGUGAUACUCUUUUCUUCAUCCUGAGGAAGAAGAACAGUCAGCUGACGUUCCUGCAUGUCUACCACCACGGCACCAUGAUCUUCAACUGGUGGGCUGGGGUCAAGUACGUGGCAGGAGGCCAGUCCUUCCUUAUAGGCCUUAUCAACUCAUUGGUGCAUGUGGUGAUGUAUCUAUACUAUGGGCUGGCAGCGCUGGGGCCUCACAUGCAGCAAUAUCUGUGGUGGAAGCGCUACCUCACCUCCCUGCAACUGCUCCAGUUCUUCAUUGUGACCAUCCACACCACCUACAACCUGUUCACUGACUGCGACUUCCCAGACUCCAUGAACGCUGUGGUGUUUGCCUACUCCCUCAGCCUCAUCACGCUCUUCAGAAACUUCUACUACCAGAGCUACCUCACCAAGAAGAACAAACAGACAUGAGACAUGGAUGUAGAGGCAAUUGUUACUUAUUUUAUGUAAUUGAUAAUGUAUGUUUUUUAAAUAUUUAUUGACCUAUUUAUUGACCCAUCACAUUUAAGUAAAGCAGGUCUCUAUCCGCUGGACAUAAGCCUCUGUUUGUUUCUGUUCCAGCCUCCCCUCUAACCAUUAGGGUAACACACACACAUACAGACACGUAGACACUCAGAGAGAGCGAACCCUCUCCUAUUCCCUCCCAUCCCCCCUUAGGUCAUUAGGGAUGAAGUCCCAGCUACGCUCUGACGACUCUGCCAAAUUGAAAUAAACCUGAGCAGGCCUCCUUCUCUUCACUCCACUUA